UAUCGAUCGCAUAUUUGGUAAGUUGAGAAACAAAUACAAUCAUGAACAAAAGUGGUUCUAUCAUCUCCUCUGAUCCAACUUUAUUAUACGGGUUGGAAAUGCAAGAAAAUCCAAGCGCCACCGUUGAUGUCGUCGACGCAUCUGAGAGCGGGAACAACACGACGAGCAUCCAUGUGACGGCCCUCGACGGCAUCGUGAGCGUGAACUCACUCUUCACGAUGGCGAUUUUCAUCGGGUUCUCCAUGACCGUCCCGGAGAAUUCGACCACGGCAACGAGCGCGGCGUGCACCACGAGCGCCGAGACGGUGAGGCGGCUGAUCGUGUUCGAAGUGGUCUCGUUCAGCUUCUUCCUCUUCUCGUCCCUCGUGGCGCAGAGCUUGAAGCUCCAAAUCAACCUCCGCAACAGCAUGGACCCCACCGAUCCGGACAGGGCCACCAUCGACGUGGCCCACCUCAAAUACUGCCUCUUCGCCUCCGCAGUGGGAUCGGUUCUAGGAAGCGCCUUCUUGAUGCUGUCGAUCGUGGACUUUAUAAGGGUGAAAUUGGGCUCGUUUUCUUGCGGUGGAAAGCCGGUUUACGCGGCGGCGACGCUGGUGGUGUUUGUCGGCGCCGGAAUGCUGAUUUAUGUGGUGACUGCUGCUCGUGCUGCUUUCUUUGUGCAAAAUAAUCAGCCUCCAACAACCAACCCCUGAUGCUGAUUUUCGUAAAACAAAAAUACUACUCCCUCCGUCUCCUAGAAAUAGGAACUUAAGAAAGAGAUUGAAAGAAAAGUGUGUUAGUGGAAAAACCGCAUAGGGUUGUUUGUAAAUAUGAAAUCCUAAGCAUGUAUUGUAUGAUUUCCAUGUUUUGGUUCU